CACACACACACAUACAUGCGCACAUGAGAAAGUGACAGCGGAUUACAACCUCCAGCGCCCGCGCGCACAUCUGCCUGGAUGUUUACGUAAUAUAUACGGUCUCUCUACGAGCUUAGGGUCAAAUAGACGGCUUCCGUUUUGAUUUACACAACAUCUGAUAGUUUUGUAACGAGCCAUGUCACCGUGCGUAAAUACGCGCAAGGUUUCCGCGCCGUCCCUUUAACCUGAAAGCGAUUGGAUUCUGUCACCUCAGUACGCAAUAAGACCCUUUUCGUCGUAAGCGACUCAGUGGACGCCACUGGUCACUUCACUGGGCAUGUAAACGCGCCUUGCGUGUCUCUGCACUCUGCGCACUCGACCUUUUAACGAUGAACGGCGAGGAUGUGCUGGCGUUGACGGCACCGUUAUGGUCGCCUGGUCCCCUGAAGAUGCGCUGGAUGUAAAAGUAUAGCCAUGACUGCAUGUGUGAGAGAGGGUGCUUGAGUGUGUGAUUGAACAGAAUGGGGAAGGAACAAGAACUCUUGCAGGCGGUGAAGACGGAGGAUCUGAUUACCGUCCAACGGCUCCUCCAGAGACCCAAACAGGGCAAAGCGAAGCUCCUGGGUGCUGCUAAGAAGGUGAAUGUGAACUUCCAGGACACAGACGGGUUAUCUGCCCUGCAUCAUGCUGCUCUUAAUGGUAACGUGGAGCUGAUUGCGCUGUUGCUCGAGUCACAAGCCGUCGUUGACAUCAAAGACCAGAAUGGGAUGCGGCCCUUGCAUUACGCUGCUUGGCAGGGCAAGUGUGAGCCCAUGAAAAUGCUGCUCAAGUCAGGGUCAUCAGUCAACAGCCAAUCAGAUGAGGGACAGAUCCCUCUACACCUCUCAUCACAACACGGCCAUUAUGAAGGAAGUGAGAUGCUGCUCCAACAUCAGUCGAACCCCUGCCUCAGAGACCACGCUGGGAAAACCCCUCUAGACUUGGCCUGCGAAUUUGGACGUGUCUCGGUGGUGCAGUUGCUCCUUAGCAGUAACAUGUGUGCUGCCAUGUUAGAACCGAAGCCCUCCGAUCCCAAUGGCAUCAGCCCGCUACAUUUGGCUGCCAAGAAUGGACAUAUUGAAAUCAUCAAGUUACUGAUCCAGGCUGGAAUAGAUAUAAACCGACAGACUAAAUCAGGCACAGCGUUGCAUGAAGCUGCUCUCUGCGGGAAAAUCGAGGCUGUACGACUGCUGCUGGAUAGUGGUAUCAGUGCUGGGGUGAGGAACACAUUCUGUCAGACAGCGCUGGAUAUUGUUAACCAGUUCACCACUACACAAGCCAGCAAGGAGAUUAAACAGAUGCUGAGAGAUGCAUCAGCUGCUAUGCAAGUGAAGGCUCUGAAGGAUUACUGCAACAACUAUGACCUUACAAGCCUCAACAUUAAAACAGGCGACAUCAUCACGGUCUUGGAGCAGCAUUCUGAUGGACGCUGGAAGGGCUGUAUCCAUGAUAACCGCACAGGAAAUGAUCGCGUGGGUUACUUUCCGUCCAACAUGGUGGAAGUCAUCAAAAGGGCAGGUCCCUCAACCCAACAGUAUCUUAAGAUACAGAUCCGUCCGCCAGCAAUUGGUUCAGUUGUCAUGGUGAACGGUGACUGCUCCCACAUUUUUUCUCUGCCCCUCACUCCCCCACCCCCUCCUUCCCAGCCCCUUACCCAUCAGCCCCUCUUCACCUCAUUUGGCUAUAAUAUGCCUACCUGCAGCACAAUUGGGUAUGAACCAGCCUCCUCCUGCUCAGAGGAGCCACAAAAAGAGACAGGCUCAAGGGAUCCGUUUCCAGCCCUCAUGGUUCUCCAACCCUCAGCGGCCAGCAAAGCAGCGCAAAUGAGGAGAUUUGGGUUCUGA